AACAUCACACUGCAGCGUUAUGUUUUAUGUCCCAUAUCUUUCUGUUAGAUGUGCAGGUGCAAUUUAGAGAUACUGCAGUGUCAUCACUAAAUGCCUCAGUCACUUUUUCACCUGCUUGAAACAAAAUUGUUGGCUCAGUUUCUGGUUUUAGUAGCCAAUAUUAUUCAGCCAAUAUGAUCCCUGUGUUGGUUUCAACACUCCAAUAUUUGAAGAGCUCAUAAUGAAGUCACUUCUUUUAAUAGAACAGCCAAACCCUUGGCAGAGGUUUCUUAUAGCCACAGUUGCAGGCUGCACAUUUCACUCAGCUAGCUCAGAACUUGAUGUUGUCCAACUCUGGCUUUGGUCCUUUUCGACAGCAUCUUGUUAACUCUAGCUGGGAAGCAGCAAAGGAACUGGCCAGAAUUGGUCUUGGAAGUGAUGUAGACCUACACAUCAUGGAACUGCCAGUGGCUUACAAAAAAGCAAGAGAGAUUGUCUGUCAAGCAUGGGCAACCCUUCAGCCCCACGUUAUGAUUCAUAUUGGCCUGGUUUCUACUUCUAAAGCAAUCAUCAUUCUGGAGCAGUGUGGGAAGAACAAAGGCUAUAAAGAAAAGGAUGCUUGUGGAUUUUGUCCAGAAAAAGAUUGUUGUGUCUUAGAAGGCCCGGAAAGAAUAGACUCUACAAUUAAUUUGAAGAGUGUCUGGAAAAACGUUCAGGUGGAAGGGAUGGAUGUAAUUUUUUCCAGAGAUGCAGGAAGGUACGUUUGUGAUUACAUCUAUUAUACCUCUCUUUACUAUGGUAAUGGAAGAGUAGCGUUUAUCCACGUACCUCCUCUAUCCCAAUGGGUGACAGCAGAACUUCUUGGAAGAGCCCUGCGGACUGUUAUCUUAGAGAUGUUAAAGCAAUGUAAACAGGGGAUAAUGUAAAACCAAAAAACCUACACACACAAGUUACCGGUACAAGGUAUGUUCAUUUUCAUCUGACUUUGUGAAAAAUACCAUCAGUCAUACCUAUUAAAAAAAAUAACCAAUAAAA